AUGACUGACGGCGCCGACAUCAUUCUCAUCCUUGUGGCCUUGAUCUUCCCACCCGCAGCGGUGGCUUUCAUCACGGGUUGCUCAUGCGAUCUGAUGAUCAACAUCCUGCUCACGGUUCUAGGAUACAUCCCCGGACACAUUCAUGCCUUCUGGCUCAUCUACAAAAAGAUGAAAGCCGAAGAGCGCUUCAAUGGCGCUGUUCAGUACACUGGCAAUGGCGAAUGGGUGCCCAAGUAUGGCCAGCCUGUGGCCCCUCCUCAUCAGGCACCGCCUCCGUCGUAUGGAGCCACCCAAUAA